AGAGGUAUGAGUGUCAGGAAUAUUUUGAUAAUUAAAAUAUAAUUCGUCGAGUAAAAAAGACAGUACAAAUAUCUACUGAAUGACGACAUGGAUGAUACUAGUGACAAUUAUGAAAAAUAUCAUUUAUUGCAUAAUCUUAUCGGUAGUAAUAUUUCAUUUCAUUCUUCUUUUAUAUCAAUAACAACACCAUCAAUAUCGUCAAGAUCAUUAUAUACUACUAAUUCUUCAUCUACAGUAUCCACAUCAAAUGGAUGUCCAAUAAUACCUAGUUUAAAGCAAUUUGAAAUUUCCUAUUCAACAAUACACGCUUAUUUAGCUUGUACAGUAUGCUUAUUUGGCACAGGAACAAAUCUUUUAAAUUCCAUUAUAUUAACGCAAGAACAAAUGCGUAAUCCAACAAAUGCUUUAUUAACUGGUGUAGCAAUUGUAGACAGUUUUACAAUGUUAGCAUACAGUCUACAAGUUAUCUAUUUACAUUUUCUUACAUCACCAUAUCCAGACAAAUAUCCUCAUAGUCAACUAGCUGUUUAUUUAAUAUUAAUAAAUCAUGCAAUCAGUAUAGGCAGUCAUACAAUAUCAACAUGUUUAUUAGUUCAAUUGGCAGCAUUUCGUUGUUGGGUAUUAUAUUCAAGAAAAUUAAAAUAUCUGUUAAGUUUACAUCAUCAUUUGACAUGGAUUAUGAUUAGCUCACAUAGACGGUUUAUUAUUUAUUGUUAUAUUAGUGCAGGAAUUAUAGGAUGCUUGUUAUGUAUGCCAACAUUUAUUUUAUAUCAAUGUGAAUUAAUUGAUGUGGUGAAUUCAUCAAUAACAUUGGAGACAAAGGAAUAUGAUAAACGAUUAGAUAAUACCAAUAACAAUUUUAAUGAUGAUAAUAAUAACAAUAUUAAAAUAAUAAACGUCGAAGCAAACACUACGAUUAAUGGUAACAGUACCAUUACUAAUCAGUAUUUCUAUUGGUUCAAGCUAUAUCCUAAUAGUCAAUUAUUGGAACGUGUUCAUUUUAUUUUAUAUGGAUGUUUUGUAAAACUUUUAGCAUCGAUACUUAUUGUUAUAUUCACUGUAUUAAUAUUAAUGGUAUUACAUGAUGCAAGGCAACGAUAUCGGAAAUUGCAGACAUUACCAAUUGAAAUAAAAUUGGAUAAUAGUAAUAUAGGAAAUAAUAGUACUAAUAAAAUUGUUAGUAAUAAUGUCAUAUUUACAAGAAAAAUAUCAGCUAAUUUGUUACGUCCAAUCACAUAUAACAAUCCUUCGAAUAGUAUUGUAAUGACAAGAAACUCGGAUCUUAACAAUAGUGAUUACAUCAAUGAUUUAAGAAUAAAAAGUCAUCAACAUCGAGUAAAUACUAAUACUACUAAUAAUAAUAUUGAUCUAUUGUCAACAGUACCAACAACCACUAGAAAUCCAUUAUUCUUACAAAUAUCUUCUUUAACUCCAAGUAAUGAAUUAAUAAACAACGAAUUGAAUAAUAGUAUUAGUAGAAAUAAUAAUAAUCCAAUAACAACACCUAAUCAUCGUCAUUCAAGUCGUCUUCUUCAAAAAUCCCGUGAAAGUCAACAUGUUACAAUUAUGCUUAUUAUAGUUGUAAUAAGUUUUGUUAUAACUGAAGCACCACAAGGUGUAUUCAAUACACUUGUUGCAAUUAAAGGUGAAUGUUUUCUACAUACAAUUUAUUUACCAUUAGGUGAUUUAUUAGAUUUAUUAGUUUUAUUAAAUUCUUCAAUUAAUUUUAUUCUCUAUUGUGCAAUGUCACAAGUGUUUCGUGUAAAGUUUGUUAAUUUAUUAAAGAAAUUAUUAUUGUUCACAUUGUGGUGAUUGUUUAUUGGCGCAAUUCUAAACAAUUCAUUAUGAGUGUUAAGAAUUUAUUCAUUGUAUACUUGUGAAUAUUACGUAAUAAUGAGGAUAACUAUGAUGAUAAUAAUAAUAAUAAUGGAGGUAAUCACUACUGAAGAAUCCAAUAAUGAUCAAAAUAGAUGAAUUUUUGAAAACUAAAAAAAAAAUUCCAAUGAAAUCCUUCAUGUUUAGAUUAAGUGAAUAUGUUACAUAAUGUAUACAUUGAAUUGAGUUAAGUGAAAUUAAAACAAAUGACCAUCGGAAAAAUUUGAAAACGUAAUGUAACGAAUAAUACAAUUAAUUGUAUGAACAUGAUACACCAUAAACAUGAAUAAACGCAUAAACACUUUGCUUAUUUGUUAAAGGCUAUCAUGUACAAUUUUUAUCCAUCAUUGUUAGUUUUGGCAUUCAAUGAUUGUGAGUUGAUUAAUUAUAUACAAUUAUUAUUGCUAAUAAAA